AUGUUUUUCCUCCGCUAUCUCGAAAGAGAGAUCAGCAUACAUCCGUCCUUCUUUGGGAGCAGCGUACAUGACAGGCUGAGGGAUCAGCUUUAUGCGGAUCUCGAGGGCAGCUGCAAUGGAGAGUACUACAUUGUAUGCAUAAUGGACAUCCAUAACAUAUCUCCUGGGAAAGUCAGGCCGGGUUCGGGGGAAGCACAUUUUACAAUUCUCUAUCGCGCGAUUUUGUGGAAACCUUUCAAAGGCGAGACGAUUGACUGCGCCGUGACUUCGGUCAAGCCCCAGGGAGUCUUCUGUGAAGCGGGGCCACUGACGGUUUUCGUUUCGAAGAUGCACCUGCCGCCUGACAUGCGCCAUAACCCAGACGCAACUCCGCCACAGUAUUCUAACAAUGCUGGAGAUGUGAUCGAGAAGGGGUCUGCUGUCAGAGUUCAGCUGAUCGGUCUCCGGAGCGAUGUGGGCAACAUGUAUGCCGUUGGGAAGAUGUCGGCACAAUGGUUCGGGUAG